CUGGUUGAUGCGUGACGUCAUUGUUACUUGCGUUGGAUCGUCGGGACACGGGAAACGACACAGGGAAGCGCGCGCAGUAAAGCAGUCGUGAGUUUGUCCCACCAAGUAUAGGCAAUGGCUUCGGGAAAGUGAAUGUCUUGUGUAAUUAAUUCGGUAAGGACUUUUACAAUAAAUUUUUAGAAAAUUGUUAGAACGGGGUCGUCGUACGCUCCUUUAUGAAGAAAUAUUUGGUGCAGAACAUAAUACAGUUGAGGCUAAAUUCUCUUGCAAGUUAAUUUUAAGAAGGCUGCAUCGGCGGAAUUCUCGGCUUGUGCAAGUUUUCGACGACAAGUUUUCCGUUAGCCUGCUAAAGGGGAAGGAAUACUGUAGCCUACACCCAGCCUGCGGGCUAAAUUAGGCGACCGGAAAGUGGCAUUAAAUAAACACCUGUUCGGAUGAAUCAUAGCGGGCGACGGAGAAGAAAGGAGCGACUGGAACAGAACUACGUCGCUUGCUCGCUGAUUCUGUUGUAAUCCGGAAUCGAGAUGACAGCCCCGCAAGGAAACCAACGCGAUUGCCUCGCAAUCAAAGAGCUGGAGAAUAUUUUGGAUACUUGCACGUUAGAACUGACUCCGGUAGACGAGGUGUGGACUAAUCUUUACAUUGGAAACGUGGCAAUAGCCCAGAACCGGAGCGCGCUACAGCGGCUCGGCAUCACCCACGUGCUGAAUGCUGCGCAUUCCAAGCAGGGCAGCAUCGGGGACCAGGAAUUCUAUGGGAAUUCUUUUGAGUACUACGGCAUUCCAGCGGAAGAUUCCUCUCAGUUUGACCUGAGCCUAUAUUUCAAACCCGCGGCUGACUUUAUCCACAAAGCACUGAAGAAGAAAGACUGUAAGGUGCUGGUGCACUGCAUCAUGGGAAUGAGUCGGUCCUCCACCCUGGUGCUGGCCUACCUCAUGCUGCGUCAGCGGCAGGGCCUCCGCAGCGCCCUUCAGAGGGUGGUCCAGAAACGGGCCAUCUACCCCAACGAGAACUUCCUGGCCCUGCUCCUGGACCUGGACCGGAACCUGAGAUGGAAAAGGAGGCUGUGUCCACUUCUGUGACAAGAGCAAUUCCUAAAUCACAAAUAAAGGCAUUCAUAUCCCUACUGUACAUAUACACACACACCUCUACUGUACAUACAAGCAUGUGAACACCAGUUUAAACCGAAGGUAUGGGAUCGUAUAGAGUUGUUUUGUACUAACACAACCUUAUUUCAGUGAAUAAGUAAUGUUUAUUUUCUGGCUGUUUAAGUAUCAUAAAGUGAAAUUAGUCAAAUAACGCAGAAUUUGAUAUUUAGCCACACACAAAGUCAGUCUAUAAAAGUUUGCUUGAUAUUGGAACAUACCCUUGGGAUUUAUUACCCUUGCUAAUUUCCUGGCAAACCAGUAGACACUUCCUGUGUUGCGUUAUUGGUUAUUAUUUAUUAUUACCAUAGAAAGUAUGUAUGUGUAUUGGGAAUUGAGAAAAGUACUUUGUAUUUUCACAUAUAUGUUUCAAUGAAGUUCCAUAUGUUGAUUAGGUCUAUUUUUAUAGUCUAUUUGUAUAGUGCAUUUGUUAUUGAAACCAUGUAUAUUACACACUUGCACAGACCAAGUCAAUGCAUCACUCUGACUAAGCCCGGUUCCAUUGGAAAUCUAUAAUGUUAUGUCCCCAUAAACACAAACAGAUUCUCAGAUAAGUCCAAUUAUAAACGCGGUUUGUUAAAACGAGGCCACAGCAGUUAGGAACGCAGCACAAAUGUGGAAAUUGAGCACAGACGAUACUGCAGUUAUUUAAGUGGAGAAAUUAGGUUUCUGUGGUAUAAAUAUUUAAUUUGCUGGAACUUGUCCUCCGGCGGCGCGAUGCUUAAUAUAACCGUGAUGGAAUGCAGGCGUGUCGGAGUCGGGAUAUUAAAAUAGACCAGGCCUGGAGCGGACUGAACCGCGGUAUGUUCCGCUCACUGCGAUCAUCACAUCACACACUCCUGUUCCCGCCACACACUCCCGUUCCUGUUCCCGGCACACAAAAAUGAAACAAAAAAAGUUGGCUGCAAUAUUUGCUGCAAUUCCUACUUGUACACCAACAGAGGUCAUUGCUACCAAGCAACCACUUGUCUCGCUGUGUCCAAUAUUCGGGACUUACCAUGAAUAUGAAUUUACUGAUUAACGUAGGGCUUAAUCCAUGGUAAUUAUAGCCGUGGAACAGUGUUUGAAAGCUACAGCAAGACAUUCAUAGUCCAGAAGUUCAAAUCAAAUCAAAAGCAAUUUUAGAAUUUGGUAGAGUGACUGAAAUAAAGUUUGAUGAAAAAAUAAGAAUGAUCGUUGUUUGUUUAUAAAUAUGUAUAUAGCUCAUACGAAGCACUACACGCUAGGCUACGUUUCACCAAUCUACAGAAAUGUUUCUGAAUUGGCAUAUGUGAGAUGCAACUGACAAGAAUUUAGGUCACAAGGCCAAGGGACACGGAUGUUGCCAAAUCAAUGAAAUAAACAAAACAAAUCCAAGCUAGAACCAGUCAGUUAGGCCGACAACCAAAAGCCGAUCUGACUAUUUUAACAAAACAUAAAUUACACUGUUGGCAACCACCCCUGCUACCGGCACUAUGCACACACGCCGGUGCCUUCAGUUCGGGGUUCACACACAUACACAAGUUGUAGAUGAGCGCAAUGAGAGAGUAAGCGGCCGCAAACACCGCUUUUAUGUAGCGGAGGAGGGCUGCUAUUGGUAGAGGCUGACCAGGAUAAUGAUGAUUGACAGGAGUGACAGCGAAUGGAAUGGUGAUUGGCCACCUGCAGAGCAAAAACGGUGGGAAAAACAGGGAACACAAGUCACAGCAACGUGGAAGGUAGCAUCCUAAUAUUCUUCAUUAACCUCUUCACUGAGCCUGUGAAGCCCCUCAACCUAGUAAGAGCCGUCUGUACGUCUCCUGCGAGGCUGUUGCGACUCAAAACCCCUCAUUCCUCAACACUUACAGCUAUAAA